UAAUUUUGGUUUCUGAUCCGACUGAUCUUCACAACUUUCCCAUUUUUUUACUGAAAAUUUAUUUUAAGUUCUGAUCCGACUAGAAACAGAUAUACAACGGUAACUGCGCCGUCUCCUUCGUUAUUCCUGUGGAAUUUUCAGUUUUGGAUUAGAAACGGAAGAGGAGAACAACAAUAACGAUGGCAUCCGCGAAGACCCUAUCAGUGGAACCGGAGCGUCGUGGCUUCAACUUCGAACUACACGCCCGCAAUCAGCAGCUGGUGAAAGAAGGGGUGAAACCCCCGAAAAUGAUGAAGACUGGAACGACCACAGCCGCCGUGGUCUUCAAAGACGGAGUCGUGCUGGGCGCCGAUACACGCGCCACUGGCGGCAACAUGGUGAUGAACAAGAACUGCGCCAAGAUCCACUUUCUGGCCCGCAAUAUGUACUGUUUGGGAGCGGGGACGGCGGCCGACACCGAGUACGUUACCAGACUGAUGGCUGGCAAGUUGGAAAUGCUGUCCAUGUCAACACGUCGCGUGGCGCCAGUCAAGGCAGCCGUUCGUAUGCUGAAGCAGAUGCUGUUUAGAUAUCAAGGACACAUCCAGGCAGCAUUGAUUGUCGGCGGAGUGGACACAUUGGGUCCACACAUUAUCAGCAUUGCUCCGCAUGGUUCCAGUGACAAUGCGCCCUAUCUGGCUAUGGGAUCGGGCUCCAUUGCUGCCAUGUCAGUGCUGGAAACCUAUUUCCGCCCGGAUAUGACCAGAGACGAAGCGGUUAAGCUGAUCCGGGAUGCCAUCAACGCCGGAGUGACCAAUGAUCUGUUCUCGGGAUCGAAUAUCGACAUUUGUGUGAUCACGAAGGAUAAAUCCGAGGUCGUUCGUCCGUAUGAGCAGAACCAGCCGGAUAUUUUGAAGAAAGAAAAUUCCUAUGUUUUCCAGCGUGGAAAGACAACAGUUCUUAGUCAAACUGUGAAAAAGAUCGAUUACCAGGUGGUAAGCCAAGAAACCAGGAAAAUCACGGAAGAACCAAUGGAAACAUCUUAAGUAGUUGAAGGGUAAUGAAAUCACUAUUCCCUGUGUUAAUUUCUUGUUUUGCGCUUACCGAUUUUUUAUAACUAAAACAAUCGAAAUUAUUGAAGAGAGUUUCAUGUUACCCAAUGUUCAUUAAAUCUCGACUAGUUUAUUUCCGACUGCGGUAGCACUUUAUUUUGUCCACUCAUUUUCCAUACAUUUGGAUAUAUGAGAUAACACAGAGCUUUUCUUUGAUAGUUCUAACGGAUAGGCAUGUAAAGGACAAAUCGAGCGUCAGUUUGAUGUAAUUUACAAAUGCAUACAUUUCAGUAAAUUCACAGU